CAUAGGAGAUAUAUUGGGGGAAGUGGGGCCACCUGUGAUUCUGAGGAAGUCGAGAACCCUCAGGACGGCAGGGGCCAACUGUGCAAGGGCCCUUGGACCCGAGGAGGGGCUGGCACACGUGUCCCAGUGAAGAAAGGAGAAAAAGCUGACAGAAAGUACACUUCGGCCAAAUCCCGCGGGAAUUGCCCUCAGGCGGCAUUCCCCGCUACCCCGCCCCUCCACUGCUCCUGGUUGCCAUGGAGACCCGGGUAUUUGGCUGACGGACUGCGAGAGGCGGGGGAGGCCUACCUUUCUGAGGAGGGAGCCGGCGGGCCCAACAGCCCCGCGCUCCACCCUGCUCCGCCGCCGCUUCCUUCAAGGGCGACCGCGGGUGGCCGGGCGAAGCCCUGAGAGACGAUGCUUAAGGUACAAGGAAAACCAUUUUCUGGAACAUCUGAAUUGUAAUUUAAGCUUGAGUUACCUACGACAGUCAAGGGGCAAACAUGCUUGACUCCGCAAGUGAACUGGAGUUUUCGGAAGAAAAAGCUACCGAGGAUCCCUCCCAGCUCUCUUCCCUGGAGCUGUCAGGUGGCACAGCAUCCAGCGGGAAAAACGCAGCUGGUUUACCCGAAAAAACUGGCUAUCCGGACUCCGUUUACGUUAUGGCAGCGAACAUCUUUCAGGGUAUUCGAGUCGAAAAGUCACCAGGGAAAGUCUUAAUAAAGUAUGGGAAUGAACCCCUGCCGUACUCGACCGAGUUUGAGGAUGAAUCCUUUCAGCGUUUGUCCUACGAGCUGGCGUUCAGUGCCCUGAAAUAUCAAGAUAUUUUAGAAAGUAUAUUAAUAGACAGCUAUAUCUUCCCAAGUACCACAAUACCAGAUCAUUUGAACAGUCUUAUCAUUGUGAUGCUGUAUGAUUUCCAAGAUAGAAAAUUUCAAGGUCGUCUCCUUUCUGAUAAUGAAGAGUCCAUAGCGGAAGUUUUAGAAGUAGAGAACCUUCUUAACAGUUUUAAGACAAAAUUGGCUGCGGCAUUGGCAAGAUGUCGGAUCAAACAUGAUGCCCUUUCAAUUUACCACAUUCUUCCAGAAACCAUUAGGAACCAGGAACUAAGGGCCUCUACUUUGCCGCUUUAUGCUUGGAUAAAUACUUGUAAAAUCAGCCCUGAAGAAGUUUAUCAUAGUUUGAAGAAAAAAGGCUAUAAUAAAGUCGAAUCUAUAUUGCAUAUUGAUGACAAAGUCUUUGCUGUGGAUCAACAUUGCUAUGAUGUAUUAAUUUUUCCAUCUCAUCUUAAAAGUGAUCUUCUAAAUACAGAUCUUUUCAAAGAUUAUAAACUUAUAUUUCAGGACAAAUCUCGAAGUCUCGCUGUCCAUUCUGUAAAGGCUUUAUUAAACAUGGAUGAUGAUAUCUUAAUGGUCAAUACAGGUUCGUGGUACACUGUUGCCCAUAUGUCAGUCUUAACAAAUAAUAAUACCUCAAAAAUAUUUGUGUGUGGAGUACAAUCACAAGCUAAGGAUCCUGACCUGAAGAACCUUUUCACAAAAAUGGGAUGUAAAAAUAUUGAAAUACUUCAUGAGACAUUUAUUAACCUUGAAUCAAAGGAUCAUAGAUUACAGAAAGUUAAAGUUAUUCUGCUGCUACCUCGUUGUUCAGGACUGGGUAUUAGUAAUCCAGUAGAAUUCAUUUUAAACGAGCAUGAAGAUACAGGUUUACUUAAAGAUUUCUCCCAAGGAGGCACAUCAGAAGAUAAACUUCAUGUUCUUGCUCAACAGCAGUAUGAACAGCUAACACAUGCAAUGAAAUUUACUAGAGCUCAAGCAAUUGUUUACUGCACAUGCUCAGUUUAUCCAGAAGAAAAUGAAGCUGUUGUUAAGAAAGCACUGGAAUUUCAAGACCAUGGGAUUAAAGUACAACCUUAUAGGCUUAGUCCUCCUGUUCUUCCACUGUGCUCCUUGAAGGAAAUACAUUUGUCCACUGACAAAUUUUUCAGAAUGGAACCAUCUGAAAUUACCAAUGGUUGUUUUCUUUCUGUUCUAACAAGGGAGCGGGACCCAUCUGAGACAGUGUCUGUGAAAGAUGUUUUGGCCCGCGCUGCAGCAAAGGGUCUACUGGAUGGGAUUGAGUUGGGUAAACCUUCAAAACGGGAAAAGAAGAAGAAAAAAUCAAAAACACCACUGCCAAAAGCUCCCACUGCUGAUAAUAACAGCGUCCAAAUGAAAAUUGCUGAGUUCCUGAGUCGAGAAACUAAUGCAAAUGCUAAUCGGUCAGAGGCAUUAACGACAAAAACGUCUCUUCCACAGAAAAAUACAAAUCAAGUGGGUUCUUCUCCACAGGUCAGAAAAACCAACAAACCCACCACCAAUCCUUUAGCGCCUACGUUUAUGAAGAACACACCUCCCGCCAGACCCUAUGAACGGCUGACAAACUUUGUGAGACCUCGCCCAGAAGAUAGAAUGAUUGCACUGAAACCCAUAGAGAUUGUUUUGCCUCCAGUAAUGUUGCCAUUUUCAAGUUCCCAAGGGAUCAGGUCUCAUGUACCAACUCAACAGUUUUACUGUCGUUGGGUUGGGCCCAAGACUGUCAUGCCUGGCUAUCUUUCCACACCAUCAGUACCCAGAAGUGGGGAAAAGCCUAAAGAUAACUUACCUUCCUCUCUACCCAGACGUCCUCGACCAUGGCUUUGACUGUCCUGUGUGUUUUACAGGGGUCAAGAGUAGUUGAAUUUUUUUUCAAAGUCUGAUAUUUCUCUGAAGGUUAGAUAUCCCUACACAAAGUACUCAUUCUUUUGGUCACUUAGUAUCUUCUAAAUCUGAUUAUUACCUUCAAGAGAAUUAAGACAAAUGAGAAUAAUGUAUGUGAAUUAAGCAAAGCAGAAUUCAGAGAUUUCAACAGCUGGGUGCUGGUCUGCUUUAGACUGUCCUUCUGUAGACUCCGUGUCUCACUCUUGUUAAUUUUCAGUCGGGACUUAAGACACUAGUUUUAAAAGAAAGCAGCAACAAGUUUUCCUGAAGGGAAACACUGUGCCUUAUAACAUACCCUUUUAGAAAUUAAUUUGUGAGGCAGUUUAUUAGAAAGCAUAGAUACGGAAAAGGUGCUCUCACACUGACUUCAGUGCCCUUCCGUAUCUAGUCAGCUGUAGUUUAACAUUUCAACACUAUUAAGGUUGACUUUUUUCCCUUAAACAUCAAAAUAUUCUUUAAACAGGGGAUAUUAUGAGCUUUUGUGAUGUGACUGAGGUUGAGUCUGAGUAGGAAGAACAGGAAGUGCCAAGUUUCCAGGUGUGGGUAGUUCAAAUGUCUCUUCACAGAGUGAAGACUGUUUCUCAUUGGAAGAGCUUCCAGGAUCCAGGGCAGAUUGAACGUAAGUGCUUCCUUCUGUUUAUGCCAAAUACUGUUGUAAAAAAAGUGACUGUAAGCAAACCUCCAUCUAAAUAGUAAUUCUGAGGAAGAGGCAAAACUGUUGAAUACAAGUGACACACCUGUUUUUGAAGAAAUCUUUACAAAUUUCUGAUUCUAUUCAAAGAUCAGGUGAAAUGGUCAUUUCAAAUGGCACACAGUAAUUAAACUUGGGUAAAUCAUUUCUGAUGUGCAAUUAAAAUAUAUGUAGCACUAUUUUAAUUAUAUUAAGUCAAUUCAUCUUGACUGUAUUAUCAGUUGCCUUCAAGAAUUGGUUAUGAUUAUCAUUUCUGGGUCUAUUGGCUCUUUUUCAUCAUGGCAACAGAAAUUAACAUUAAAAAGUUACAACUAUAAGUUUUAUUGUUUGAAGAAAUGUUCAUAGACACAUUCAUAAACUUUGAAUUUAAAGUUCUGUUUUCAGAACCUUUUAUGUUGAAUAGUGUUAUGUAAAUUCAUAAAUUUCAGGUGGCAUGAUUUUAAUAGGAUUUUAUCCUCUUCAAGAUGAAUAUUUAGGUCUAUUUCAGCUCUAACAUUCUAUAAUUUUCUCACUUGAAGGAUAAAAAAUGGUGAACUUUGUUUUAGUAGUAAUACAUUUUUUUAACUGAAGAUUUACAUUUAUCAGUAAAAUGUGUCAGUGAAGAAAGGAAACAUGACUUUUUAUAAUUGAACCAGACUUCUUAUUUCUAAAUCCCAAAAGAAUUCUCAUAUUAAUUAUGAGUCUUAAAAAACACAGAAAUGUUUUAAAUGCUCAGCUUAUUUACUGAUUUCAAAAAUCAGAAACUGUAUAAUCUUUGCUCUAAAAAUUAUAGUACUUUUUUUCUUAUUCCCCCUCUCUGACCUGGAGUAUCUCAUGUCUCCGGGAGGCCAGUGCAGCUUAACUGAACUUCGUUCAGUAAAGAGCUGGUAUUUUAUCUCAGGAAUCUUUUGUCCAUUUCCUGCUGUCUUCCCUCUACCCCAGGCUGAAGAGUAUUCCAUUGUCCAAAAGUAGCAGGUCUGAGAUUUUUAUUUUCUGUAAUCAGUUAUAAAGAAACUAAUUACUGUUAUGAAAUAGUUCAGGAUAUUUUUCUGAUUUCUAUAGCAGCAUGUGAUUUAAGUCAUGUCAUAACUUUAAACACUUAUUUUUAGUAUCUUAUAACAUGAAUCUUGUCAGUAAAUUAUUUUUCUCUUUAUAAGUAUAUGGAGAUUUUGAAUUAAACCACUCAUUCAUUAAGCCUACAGUUUUCUUCUUUGAGACUCUUCUAAGAAGGGCGUGAUCGAUUAUUUACAUACUUUGGUAGAGUAAAAGGGAAAAUACUUUGGAUAAAAACAAUAUGCAAGGAUUCUAAUGGAGAAUAUUGAUUGCGCUAUUUUUCUUUCUUGAGCUUUUUAAAGUGCUGCAAAAUUCUAAAAUAAUGAAAUUACUGGUAUUUAGGUACUCCAAUAGCAAAUUCAGACUUUUAUCUAUAAUUAGUUACCAUUAUAUAAUACCUGAAACCAAAUGAAAUUUUUUUCCUUGAGAGUAACUGCCUUUGAUAGAGUAAAAUAGAUAAAUUACUGGGGGAAAUGCAAGAAGAACAGAAAAUGGGUACAUAACUUGAAUUCUAUUUGUCUUCUUCCAUAUGGCUAACAGUUAAACUAAACCAGAUUCAACUGAUUUGUUUUUCUAGUUACCUUUCAUUUGGAUUUAAUCCCUGUACAACUCUUUCAUUCUUUGAUACCAGGUUCUUAAAGGAAAGACAGACUAUCUUCCUAUUAGAAAAAGUACUUGUACAAGUGUCAAGUUGGUGACUGAAUAGGCCUCUACGUCCACAAUGCCAGCUGUCCUUCCUGAGUACCAAGUAAGGGCAGUGUGAUGUAUUAUUCAAAAUUUAAAGUUUGUUUCUAGUUCUUACCAGGUGGUGCUAUGCAAUAACUAGUCAAAGCAGAACCUUACUUACUAAAAUGAUUUUUAAUUUGAGGCAAGAAUAAUUUGAAAAUAAAAUGACUGGUGUGGAGACACUAAACUUUUAUUUCUAUUUCUGGAUACGUAUGACUGAGAUGUCAGAUAAAUGAGCCAAACGUUUUAUGCAGCUAAUUUUAUUCUCACAACAUGUUACAUUUAAAUGUGUAAAAGUGGUCACUAGCAAAAGGGGCAGAGAGCAAAACCAGAUGUUCUUUUGGGAUAAACGAGCUGCUCUGGAUGGCAGGGAGUGCACUGGCUGAUAAAGGGGGAGCAUAUCUUCUCCCUGAAGUUGAAAUAAAUUAAACUUCGUGUGACUGGCUGCCUAACACACAUGGUAGCUGUGUAUUGGGUUAACUAUGCCUGGCAAACUAGAGAACUAAUGGUUUUACUAGUUAGGUUGUGCUCAUAUCAGUAAGGGAAAUGUUUCUCACAUUGCUUAUGAAAUCUUGAAUUUGUGUUGCAAUGCUUAUGAAAUAAGUGUAUCAUAUAAGAAAAGGAGGAAGGAUUUAGUGCUUCUGGUAAAUGACCUAGUGUAGAAUCAAUCAUUGUACAAAUGUUUGUCAUAAAAUCAUAAAGUGGAAUUUUUAAAAAAAGUAGCAGUGCCAACAGUUUAUCACCAAAAACUUAUUUUAAUGGAAAUGGGUCUGAUGGCCCUUCAUGCAGUAAGACAGACACAAACAAAAACAAUGGUCCUUGUUAGCUAUUGGUGAUCUAUAUCCAGGUGGAAACAAAGGGCAUGUGGACAUGUGUCUGUCUCUUAGAUGAGCUUACACGUGUUGUGAAGGAUAUAAAAACUAAGCACCAAGCAGUGCUUUAAGUUUGCAAAGUAAAGUGUUUAGCCAUAGGCAUGUUGGCUAUUGCCCUUGAUGUGGCCAAGGAGCACGUAGAUGAGGUGGCAAGUCUGCGUCUACCUAGCUGCUUUUAAAAAAUAAAAGGAACUUUAAGUAUUUGGCCUUUUCGUCUACAUAUUCCAAUAAAAAUGUGACUACAAAUCAUUACAAAACCACCUUUUAGGCAAUGUAUAGUUCACUGAGAUUACUGAGACCUGGAUACAUUGUCAGGUAAUAUCCAGUAAAGAUAAUACAUUAACACAAUUAUGCAGUAUAUUUCAGUAAAAAAUAGAAUAAAUAAAAUAAAAUAUUUUAAGCUGUAUUUAACAGGUUAAUUAAAAAAAUGAUAAGACAUACAAGGCAUAGUGAACAUGGCUGCCUGUUUACCAAAUCACAGAUACAAAGAAUGCAUAGAUAACCGAAGUGUCACUACAAUAUCAUCAGGUAAAACACUGGCAUCCUUUCACAGAAAAUACACACAUACUUUCAUACAUACUUUUUGGCCAUGGCAGAAAGUGUCUGAACAUACGGUUUAACAUAAUUAAUUUUACAAAAUUAAUUGCCUUUAGUAUGCAAAGCUAUUUUUAAAACAAAAUAUCUGCAGUAAAGUUUUCAAUACGUAAAGGCUAUCAUUCAUCUUAAUGCAUCCUAUAAUUGCAUAUAUAAAUCAGUUUGCUACUUAAAGCUAGCUCAGUAUUCUUGAUCCUGAAAACAAAUGUAUGCCUUAAAAAAAUGAAUGGGGUUCUGGUAGAGAUUCCCAAUACAAAAAUGGAUCACUUGUUCAGAAUUUUGAAGCUUAUCACACUAAAAUGUUUCACUGUGGAGAGCAAGAUGAAAGAUCAUGACGACUGAAUGUUGAACAGCUUUUCAAAGGGCAAAGUAAGGAUUUUCUUAAUGCAGUAAUUUCUCAUGGUAUCAUUGGUUACUUCAGAAGAACAGUAUGUAGGCUGGUGAGAAGUAUAAUUCAUUUCUAGAGUGGCAUCUUUUUUGUCAGAACACAAGGGUGCUAGCAAACAAUUCCAGAAUUCUGAGAGGCAACAGAGGUGGGAGGCCACCUGCUCAUUCCAUCAUGUUCUCUGGUGGCUAAGUAUCAGGAGUUAGGAGUCUCUCUACCACAGGACCAUCAUCUCUGGACAAUCUCGUGGGCUGGACAGGCUGUAAUGCACGUAGAAUCCUGUCCUUUACAACACAUUUGAGGCACACUGUAGGAAAACACUCCUGGACUGAGAGAGGGCAAUGGUUUUAUAAUGAAUACCUGCGUGAGUAAUUUGGACAUAUUUCCCACUUAUACAGGGAGUCCUAAGAUUGCCCGACAAUAAUUAAUUGGAUAUGCCCAGAGUAAUUCUGCAAAGAUUCCUCCUGACUGGUGUGGAAGCAGUGUGAUUUAAAACUGGGAGUUGAGAAGCAUGGGUCCUAGUCCUGGUUUUCUCACGAACUUCUGUGAGAUCUUAGGCUAAGUGAUUGAACCUCUUGGUAAUUCAUAAUAUUUUUUAUUUCUCAAAUAUGUUUAGUAUCUUCUCUACUGUAUAAGGCUCAACUGUGAUGAUAAGAAUGUAGAAACCAUUUCACAAGUACACAACAGUAGAUAAACAAAGUGUUACUGUUAUAACUGGAUGUUAUAAAUGAUAAUUUCAUCAUUGAAAAGUAAAUAGAACUAAUGCUUUGAGCUUAGCAACUUCUUUUUAAAACAAGUGUCAACAAGUGUAUCUUUACAGCUAAGUUUCUCAUCUAUAGAUAGAGAAGCAGGAGAGUGCUAUUUGGGGGAGACUUGUUAAAUAGUCCAUUGUUCCCGUGUAUAUUUUGCUCCAAUAUGAAAUUUUUUAAUCUUGAAAAUAAAUGGAAACAAUAUAAAUUUAAAAAUA